GCACAUCUGGGGAAUGACCACAUUAGAAAUGUAAAAGCAAUGCAAUAUCUUCAGCCAGUAAUAUAAAUAUGCAGUAAUACAGGUCACAUGAUAUCUCACUGGUUGACAUAACAGAGGAUGAGGAAAAAGAAAAAAGAAACACCACACUAUAUUGCAGAAUUUAUUACGAAGUGACAAGCUGUGCCCAACCUUGCAGUCAAACUCUCCAAAACCAAAAUAUAAACAGGAGAUCCUGAAUGGAUUUAAGCUUUACAGUAGGCUCCACCUAGCCCUUGAUUGAUUUAUUGACUUCUGCUAGGCCUGAAUGCUCUGCAAAAUUGUGAAUACUAUCAGGGAAACCCCUCUGACUUAGCCCAGGCUGCGUUUGGAUACAAAUUCCAAACAUGGCUACAUCUGCAGUUGAGUCAAAUAACCCACCUGGCAAAUUGCCUCACAUAACCCAGAAAAAAAUGUACAAACUGGAUUUUAGAAACUCUGCCCGAGGACAUAGCAGCGUUUUCAUAACGCAUGUCUUUAAGUAAGCCACAAACCCUAUGGAAGUAUUCACUGUUGCCGUCUGAACAUGCCCCUAGCAACACAGUCAUUUUAUUUGGGGCUGGCUGUACAGUACCAGCUCUUCACAGCAGGUUACCGUAGUUGGGUAGUUUUUUUUUUUUUGUUUUUUUUUCCCAUUGUAAUUUGAAUCAUAAAUUAUUGCUAUUGUUAUUACAGUUCCAAAUUAAUUACUUGUCCCGCCGACUUCAUUACAUUGCCACUUCAUAUCACAUUUGACUUUCACAUUUGUGAUUUUUACCACUUUAUCCAGGAGAGAAUAUAGUCUAAUUCUGUGUUUACUACAGUAAUUUGUGAUGAUUUUUAGUGCAAUACUGUACCAUGGGAAGCGGGUUACUAUUAUUUUCUGAGUUCCUCUACAACGAGGACUUGUCGACAAGUGAUCGGUUUUUUUUCUCUCGGUUUACAAGAAGACUGAAACUAUCCCCAGUCUCAUUCUAGAUCACGCCUGAAGUAGGCUACAUUUUCACACUUAUAUUUACUUUUCCAUUUUAAUUUUGCAGGUGCAAGGGGUUGCAUGACAAUUGCCAUUGUCUGGCUGAUCUUUGCCUAACUGAGGAUAUUGAAUACAGGGACUAGAUUUGGUGGGAAAACAGGGUAUGGCAAAUUAACAUGUUUUACACUCAAAAGGAAAUGGCACUCACGAUCGCAAAGGGGGUGGUGGGCAUGCAGAGGGUAGGAGGGGCCAGGCGGUGCCUAGGAAACAGCCUCUACUGCGCACGUCGAGGGCAAAAGUGCUCGAAUUGAAUUCAAUAUUGAAACCCAAGCUUAUUUACCUACUAGUCUCAUAUUCCCCUUUCAUUUUAAUAUGAGCUCCAAUGUUUUGCCCUCGGCAUGCACAGCACGGGCUUACUUCCGGGACUUCACAAGUUUAGAUCAGCCGAAGUCGCGCCUCCCUGUCUAGUUCAUGUCUGCGGUGGGGGUAGCUGGGGUGUGGGGUAACAGGUUUUGCAGUGAGCACUGGUAGUGACAGGGGGCCGUGACUUGUUCUGAGGUUAAACAAAUAAGAAACAAUAUAUACAUUUGCUAGAACCUUUGAGUGAAACGGAGUCAUAUGUCGGCUACACUUGUAUAUCUUAUUUAUUAAAUGCAACUGUUCUUAUCAUAAAUUGAACCACUGUCAAACAUUCCUAAAUACAAUAAAUCUACUAUUCUUGCGAUGGCACGUAGCCUAUACAGGCUUAAAGGCGUCACUUGACCAAAAUAGGCUGCCCUAGGCAACCGCAAAACCGCCUCCGUUUUAGUGUGAACAGACACAACCUUCUGUUCUGAAACUAUUUUUUAAUUUAAAGUAAAUAACAAUGAAAUGACUUAAGUUGCAGCUGCACAAAUUAUAAUAGUCGUUUCUUUCUGAGCUUCAUGACUCAUCGCAAGUAACGGAUAUCUGACACCAUGAGUCUAGUUAAACAUUCAUUCAUUCAAGGGGUAAAAAAAGUACCCAGUCAUUGGCUAAAGAAACGUCAGUAUGCAAAAUAGGGCGCCAUGAUUGGAUGCACUUGGAGUCCUUGUGAAAUUUGGUCCCACCUUCUGAAAUAUAGGUUAGUGAACGGAAUUUUCCAGUAAAACGUGGAAGUUGAAGGCAAGUGGGCGUCGUUCGCAGUAGCUAUAAUCCGUUAUAUAUUGUAUUUAUUAAUUCCUGAUUCAGUGACUCCGCCUACCAGAACAAUUUCUCAUCUGUUCUACUAAUCUGACAUCUGUCCAUAAAGAAAUCAUGUCACAGCAGCAGAUCAGCCUCCCUGCUAAACUCAUUAAUGGCGGCAUUGCUGGGAUUGUGGGUGUGACCUGCGUGUUCCCCAUUGACUUGGCCAAAACCCGGCUUCAGAACCAGAGGCAGGGCCAACAGGUCUACAAGAGCAUGGUGGACUGCCUCAUCAGGACAGUGCGUUCUGAGGGAUACUUCGGAAUGUAUAGAGGCGCGGCGGUGAACCUGACAUUGGUCACCCCUGAGAAGGCCAUCAAACUAGCCGCUAACGACCUCUUCCGCCACCAUCUCGGCCGAUCCGGGAAGGGGCUGACGGUGUAUAAGGAGAUGUUGGCGGGGUGUGGCGCGGGCAUGUGUCAGGUCGUCAUCACCACACCCAUGGAGAUGCUGAAGAUCCAGCUGCAGGACGCCGGGAGGCUCGCAGCCAGUCAGAAUCAGCAGAGGACGCCGGCGGUGGUGGCCUCUUCCAAACUGGGCGCGGGGAACGCCGUGCUCCGCAGGUCCUACAACGUGGGGCUGGCGCCGCCGCCGACAGUGGGGGCGGAGUCAGCGACGCAGAUCGCCCGCCAGCUGCUGCGUGCCCAGGGCGUGUCGGGCCUGUACCGGGGCCUGGGGGCCACGCUCAUGAGAGACAUCCCGUUCUCCGUCGUGUAUUUCCCGCUCUUCGCCAACCUGAACACCCUGGGUAAGGACGCUCCGGAAGGCUCCGCCCCCUUCUACUGGUCCUUCCUGUCCGGCUGCGCCGCGGGAUCCAUCGCCGCCAUCGCCGUCAACCCCUGCGACGUGAUAAAGACCAGGCUGCAGUCUCUGAGCAAAGGAGCCAAUGAGGAGAGCUACAGUGGCAUCGUAGACUGCUUCAGAAAGAUCCUGCGGAGGGAGGGGCCGGCCGCCUUCCUGAAGGGGGCGGGGUGCCGAGCCCUGGUCAUCGCCCCGCUCUUCGGCAUCGCCCAGGUCAUGUACUUCGUGGGCGCGGGAGAAUUCAUCCUGGACCACAACCCCUUCCGCCUCUGCUCCCGCAGCGUGGUUUAAGGGCCCGCGGCCUGCGCUCGAGGCCCAGAGGCUGCGGGUUCCAGCCCCGGCGGGGGGGCACAGCAUGGCACUUCUGUAAAUACCUCCACUGUAAUAAUGUGAAUAAGAGCAUCUUCUGAUGUAAAAUAAUGUACUCCCCAUCGAUCCCCACGUGUUUGUCAUUUCUACACCGGGCCCUUCACUAAAAACGCCCGGAGUAGAAGACGGUGAGUCACGGUGGUGGCUACAGCUCGGCUGAACUGCCACCCUGACGCGAUGGAUGUGACAGAGCCGUCGCAGCUGGAGGGCUGUACACGUCAGCCAUGGCCUCGCUCUCUACGUUUGACGCGUUUACGUGGGCGUGACGGCCCGUUGACUAUUGCACCACAGACCUUGAGACACUGUUGAGGAGAGGUCUUCUCUAGAACAUUCUUCUGAAACUUCCCCUCUGUGAGGGAUACGACUCUCCAUGCAGUUGUUUACGUUCACAAAAAAAAAAAAGAAAAGAAACGACCAAAAAGGGUUUUUGACUCGAUUCUGUUUUGUUGGUUUCGUGAUUGUGUUGUUUUUUUUUUUGUUGGUUUCGUGAUUGUGUCGGUUUUUUUUUGUUGGUUUCGUGAUUGUGUUGGUUUUGUGGGCGUUGUGGGAACAUUGUUGAUCCUACCAAAACACUGGUUUUGCCUGUUCAAAAGGACGGUAUGAUUUGGCACUAGUGAACUCAAUCAAUGUUUUGGGAGAUAAUUGGUGAACAUUGGAAUGAUGCUUGAAUUCUUAACACUUAACAAAAAAAAAACAUUUCAUGUUACUACAAAAUGUGUGUGUAUAUAUUAUAUAUAUAUAUAUAUAUGUGUGUGUGUUAUUUUUAUCAAAUAUAUAUGUAGGUGCAAAAAAGACUAAUGGACUCACUUGUAUGCAGAUCAGAGGUGGAAAGUUUAGCUGUUAGAAAAUUAAGUCCUGCCGUGUAUUUGUAACACCCAUGAGUUUCGAGCCAGCUGAUUUCACCCAUUAGCGCCACCUCCUGGCCGAAGAAUUGUGCUAAUUAGCAAAUCCAGGCAAUUGGAACAGAGUACUGGGGAGGACUUUUUACUUUCUGCAGCUAGAUUGUCCUCCUCUGAUGGGGGUUACGCAGGCCAGUUGGUCUUUUGGGGAUAGUGAGAGCUAAACCUUUGGGGGUAAAAUGGAUCAGUUUACAAGAUGGUUUGGCUUUUGAAAUAGGGACCAAGGUUUCUUUAGUGACUGAUGUCUGUAAUGUGUCCACACAAUUCUUCCCUGCAAUGUACAAUUUCCAGUUGUGAGCGUGCUCGAUUUAUUCAGGCAUCAAGCGAUUCAGCUGCCAAGUCUAAGUUGUAUUGUUUACUAGGUGCCUAUAAUUGGCAGCACGAGAGCUGAAGUACUACAUUUUUACAAAUGUGAUAUGAGUAAAACAGUUUAAUACAAUCAGAAUGAAGGCUAAGUUCAAAGACAGAAAUGCUUUAUUAUUUUUAUUGGUACUGUAUAUUCCGGAGAAUAUUUCGGAAGAACUUGCUGUUACAGAAAUGAGAAUCUGACUGUGCUGCUUAAUAGUUACUGCAUUUCAUACUGCGAACACAGAACAUGCAGCUGAGAGACAAAACAAAUUUUUUAAAAUAAAUAUACAUAUAUAUGUGUAUUUUUAAAGAACCUUAUUGUCUUCAUGACUUUGUACAUUUUAAUAAAAUAUUUUCGAAACAA